CCCAGAGGCCAGCCCUUCUCCCCGACACCUGUCCCCUCUGUUCUUUAGCGGAGGCCUUUGCUUCCCGUCCUGGCGGAGGGGGGGGGAUCUCCUCUUCUGGGCGGCUAGGUGUGACUGUUUUAGCCUUGGGGGUUCCUGUUGUCUUUCCAGCUUCUCCAUAGAUAACCCUUUUGUACCCACCCUGGGUAGCAAGGCAAAUACACAGGGCAGCUGAGGCACACGUAGGAACCAUACCAAUAUUACAGAAAAUUCCUACUUUGUCCGAGAGGGCCUCUGAGAGAACCUGUUGGAAUGCAGCACCUCCCCUCCGCUCACGGCGAUGGGCUCAGGCUCUCUGCAAACUCAGGCACUGGUGCUGUGUCGCUCGCUCUUGGGGCGACAGCCCCGUCUCGGGGUUCUGAGCUCCGGUUCUUUGCAGAGUCCAGCAAUGUUACAGUCAGGGCAUGUGUUCAAGGUUUUCUUCACGAUCACAACAGCGGAAGACUUUUAUUAAUUAAUUAUGAAAGCUGAGACGCUGGAAAACAACGGAGAAGUCUGUAGGUCCUCACUUCUCCUUUCCCCCCUUUUUGGGAAAAACUUCAGAACCAGAGGAUGGGAAGCGGAGGACAUAGGGCUGCGGGUCUGGUCUGGUACAGCAGGUGGAUGCAAUGCCAUGGACCCGGCAUCGAACCCCUCUGAGGACCCCCACGGCUCCGACAAUGACUCCGACGCAGAGAACAAGGUUGAUCCAGACACGCAGGCUCAGGAAUACAUCGACCGCGUCCUCGGCUCUGCUCAGCCCAGCCACAAGGCCCAGUGCGCACCUCCCGAGUCACUCUCCGUGGGGCCCGGGGCCCAGGCAUCGGAGCACAGGUCUCCUCUGGAGCUGAAGAAGUCUCCGGCAAGCGACAACGUGACCUCUGGGCUGUUAGCCCUCCCUCUGGAGCUGAUCCUAGAGAUCUGCUCUUACCUGGAAGCCAGGUUUGUUCUCGAGGUCUUGCCCUUGGUCUGUCGGAUCCUCAGGGAUAUUGUGCAGGACCCAGUGACCUGGAGGAUUCGCCUUCAGAAGAGGAUCAGUGGGUGUUACCCGGUGGUGGAAGAGGAGGACUUCGACUGGCCGGCUGCCUGCAUGGAGCUAGAGGAACAUCUCAGACACUGGGCCUGUGAUGGCAGGAGGACAGAGUACUUCUCCCUCGCCAACGGCCACUUCGCCUCCAUCGACUCCGUUCUGCUCUUGCAGGGCGGGGCUCUCUGUGUCUCGGGCUCCCGGGAUCGGAACGUCAACCUGUGGGAUCUGCGGGAGCUGGGCCAAUCCCCGGACAAGGUGCUGGUGAAAGCCCUGGGCACGGAACGCAACGGGACGCACAAGGGCUGGGUGUGGUCACUGGCUUCACGAGACAACAAGGUGUGCUCGGGCUCCUGGGACAGCACGGUGAAGCUGUGGGACAUAGAGGCCGACGGGCAGCAGUUUGGGGAGAUCAGUGGGAAAGCUCCCGUGCUGUGUCUCUCCUACCUGCCCGACAUCCUGGUCACGGGGACCUACGACAAGAAGGUGACGGUGUACGACCCGCGAGCUGCCCAGGCCCCGUUGAAGAGCCGCAAGCUCCACUCCAGCGCCGUCCUGUCCCUCGUGGCCGAUGAUCGCUUCAUCAUCUCAGGCAGCGAGGACCGGACGCUGGUCGUCUUCGACCGACGGGCCAACGGCGUCCUCCAGAGGCUGCAGCUGGACUCCUACCUGCUCUCCAUGUCCUACCAGGGGACGCAGCUGUGGGCCGGGGAUAACCAGGGGCUGCUCUAUGUCUUUGAAAACCGAGGAGGCUGCUUCCAGCACAUCCGGUAUUUCGACGUGGGUCACCGGUCCCAGAUCACUGGCGUCUGGCACUCCCUGGGCACUCUGUACACGACCUCCACUGACAAGACCCUGCGGAUACACAUUCCGACGGACCCGCCUCACACUGUCUGUUCACAGACGCACAACAACGUGCUGAACGGGAUCAGCGCCGAAGGCAACAUUGUAGUAGCUGCCUCCGGGGGCCUGUCCUUGGAAAUCUGGAGGCUCAAUGCCUGAUGGAGGCCUGGAUCCGCGGAGCCACAUCUUGCAGCUGCGGCCCCCGGCGCCCGGGGGGGAGGGGCCAGAGUUCCAGCCCCCGUUUGUCAUUCGUUUGUUCGUUGUCGUUUUGGAAGAGGCCCAAGGAGCCAGGAGGUCAAAGCGUCCCUGCCUGAGCUCGCCCUGGCCCUGCCGUUCGUUCCCAGAGCGGUUCCAGGGGGAUCAGAGCCCAGCCAGCCCUUCCCUGCUCGAUGCACUGACUUCGCUCUCUCUGGUUCCCAUUCUCCCACCCGCUGGGCUCCUUAGUUAUCACGCCCCGGCCUGCCUGCCAGGCGGCCUCUGCUACUUAUCGGUCUGCCUCCCCCCUGCUUCCCCACAGCGCAGGGCUCUUGCGGCUUUCAGAGCCAGGUCCCAGUGCGGGAGGGGACGGCCCUAAGGGCUCAGAACCAUCCAACCCGGCUCCGCGCAGCCCGGGGGUGCUCGCCGCAAGGGCUGACCAGCUCGAAACAGAGUCCAGAGCUGCCGUGUAACUUACAGGGACGCAGGUGAGACGCACGUUCUAAUGUUGUUGAUUAAACCGUUCUGCCAGACAGGAUCUGA